UUGAGUUAAGAUUUUAAUCGUGGCAGGCAACAAGUAAAGAGUACGGUGCACGGUAUUUUGGUGAGAGAUAACCUCGUAUUGGGCUGAAAUAUGAAAAUAUUAACACAGGUUUUAUUCUGAAAUAACAGUACUACUCAAAUGCUAACGUUUGUUUAUUUUUAACCAUUUUUCUAAAUUAAAAUUUUUGAUAUGAGUAGAAGUAUAAAUUUUGGAUUUAUUCUCCUUUUUGCAUUCUUUUCAAACUGUUUAUCUGAUGAGUUAUCUGGGAAAUUAGUUUUCGCUCAUGUUAUUUUUAGACAUGGCGAUAGAACUCCUGUUUCUCCAUAUCCUACUGAUCCAUGGAGGGAUCCUAAAUUUUGGCCUACUGGUUUUGGUCAAUUAACCAAUAUUGGCAAAAUGCAACAUUUUGAACUUGGAAAGUGGUUGAGAAAUCGGUAUCACACUUUAUUGAACGCUUCAUAUUCUAGAGAUGAUCUGUUUGUGCAAUCCACAGACGUUGAUAGAACGUUAAUGAGCGCUUUGUCUAACUUAGCUGGUUUGUAUGAGCCAAAAGGGAAUGAUAUUUGGAACAAUAAUAUACUUUGGCAACCAAUUCCAGUUCACACUGUACCUGAAAAAGAUGAUAAUAUGCUUGCUGGCAAAAAGAGUUGUCCAGCAUAUGAGUACGCAGUUAAUCAAUUGAAAAACUCACCUGAAUUUCAAAAACUAAACAAAAAAUAUUCGUACAUGUAUGAUUAUUUAACUAAAUAUACAGGUAAAAUUGUAGACACAAUAGAAGGUGUCGAACAAAUAUAUAACACUUUUUACAUUGAGCAGCUGUACAAUAAAACAUUACCAGAAUGGACAAAGAAAGUAUUCCCAGGAGGAGAUAUGAAGAAUAUAGCUGAUCUUUCUUUUGCUUUGCCAACUUAUACAAGGAAACUCGCAAGGCUCAAAAUUGGCCUUUUAGUGAAGGAUAUUUUUGAUAGAUUUAAAAAAAAACUCCAAAAAAACAAAGUUAAACAAUCGGUUUGGGUUUACAGUGCACAUGACACAACUAUCGCCAACGUUUUAAACGCCUUCAAGCUUUUUGAAUGGCACAAUCCACCUUACACUGCCUGUAUAUUGAUUGAACUUCGAAUAGAUUACAACAAAAGGCCGUUAAUUUCUAUAUUUUACAAAAACUCAUCUAAAACGCCAGAACCUUUGCUAAUUCCUGAAUGCGGAAUACAAUGUCCACUUAGUCAAAUGUAUAAUUUAUAUAAAGAAAUAUUGCCUGAUGACUGGGAAAAAGAAUGCAAGUUGCCGAAUUUGUGGAUAAUGGCUUAUGACAGCUAUGCGACUGAAUAUAGCUCAUCAACGUUAUUUAUUUUACUUGGUCUAUUUAUAACAAUUGGAGUUUUUAUGAGCGUCUUUUAUUUCAUAUCUAUAUAUUUGAGGAGGAGACAAUAUGUUAACUAUAGGUGUUAUGUUCAAUGAUGUUACUACAUUAACAAGAUUAGCAAAAUUGUUUAAAAGUUAUACACUAUAUAAAAGAAUUCUUGUACCACCGAAUAUUUACUUUGAAUUUGACUAACAUGAUUUUAUCUAUAUAUUAUAUUAUUUUAAAGUACAUUAGUGAAUUUGUCAGAUAUUAUUGUGAUGUUUAAAAUAACUAUGUCGCCAAUUAUUUUCUAUUUAAAAACUUAUUUUCCAUUUAAAAUUUAAGCAUAAAUUAUGUAAUAAUAAUUGUCUAAAAUACAAUUUAUGGUCUCAUUGUUAAACUUUUUAAAGAUUCAAUAAUCUAAAUAUAUU